UGACGUGUCUCAUCUCUUUUCUAGAAAGCGUCCAGUGAGCUACACUGAUAGGGGAGGGAGCAAUAGCUAUUUAAAGAGGGUAAAAUAACACGAGGUCUUUAGUGCUGAGUAACAGCCUCCAAACAAACAUCAUAGGACCAACCAUCUGUAUCACUGUUUAAAGAGGCAGGACUUUACACGGUACCCACGACGAAUCCACAGGCAGCGGCGCCAAAACGGUCUUCAGAGGAGAAAAUGGGCAAAGAUUAUUACAAAAUUUUGGGAAUUGCGAAAGGGGCAUCGGACGACGAUAUCAAAAAGGCGUACAGAAAACAGGCUCUGAAAUGGCAUCCAGACAAAAACAAGGCGGCGAGUGCGGAGGAGAAAUUCAAGGAGGUCGCGGAGGCUUAUGAAGUUCUUAGUGAUCCAAAGAAACGAGAAAUAUACGACCAAUACGGGGAAGAAGGGCUUAAAGGUGGAAGUUCGUCAGACGGGCCAGGAGGCAACUUCACCUAUACCUUCCACGGAGAUCCUCAUGCGACGUUUGCCACAUUUUUCGGGGGCGCCAAUCCUUUCGAAAUAUUUUUCGGCAGAAAAGUCAAUGGACGAGAGGACGAUGACAUGGAGGUGGACGGAAGUGACCCCUUUGGUCCUUUUACGAGUUUUAACAUCAAUGGAUUUCCACGCGAAAGGCACAUUGGUCAGGGCGGACCGCCGCGCAGAAAACAAGACCCCGCGAUCCACCACGAGCUCCAGGUGUCUUUGGAGGAGGUCUUUCAUGGGUGCACCAAGCGCAUGAAGAUCUCACGGAAGCGCUUGAAUCCAGACGGUCGGACAAUGAGAACCGAGGACAAAAUCCUCACUAUUGAGAUCAAGCGUGGCUGGAAAGAGGGAACUAAAAUCACGUUCCCACGCGAAGGCGAUGAAUCGCCAACCACGAUUCCCGCUGAUAUUGUGUUUGUCAUCAAGGACAAACCUCACGCGCACUUCAGACGAGAGGGCUCUGAUAUCGUGUACCCGGUUCGGGUCAGUUUGCGCCAGUCAUUGUGUGGCUGCUCUGUCACUGUGUCGACGAUAGACGGUAAAACGUGCAAUAUGAAGAUAACUGAUGUCAUCAAACCUGGCAUGAGGAAGAUAAUGGCUGGACAAGGACUGCCAUUCCCAAAGAACCCAGAACAAAGAGGGGACCUUAUUGUGGAGUUUGAUGUGAACUUUCCUGAAAGUCUGCCAUCCAAUGCCAAGGACGUCCUGAAACGGCACUUACCAACCUCAUAAAUUGAGGUUGGACAGACGCCAUAUGACUCUAGAGGAACAAUAUAAUCCCCUGUUUAGGUGGAAUAUGGUGACAUAUCAAUUUUGAAAAUGUGCAAUUUCUAUUUUUUAUCUGAUUGUUUAUUCUAUAUACAGUGUCUAGAUACAUACAGUAUAUGUCUAAUACAUACAGGUGAAACUCGAAAAAUUAGAAUA